AUGCGCGCCGCGGUAGCGCUUGCGGCGCUCUUAAACCUCGCGGCGGCCGAGAGCUCCAUCACAGCGCCCCUGGAGUCGCGGACCAUGCUGACGGCCAGCGUGACGAUUAGAGAGGAACCUACCAGCGUGUGGUGGGACGAGGCCUUUACCGAGACGGGUGCGGCUGCUGAGACGACGAGUGUGAUGGUCGACGAGGAUCCGACUGGGUCGUUUUCAUCUGCUGAGACGACGACUGUAGUGGUACUCAAGGAGGACCCAGCUGUGUCGUUUCCAUCUGCCGAAACAAGCACAGUGAUUAUUAAUGAGGAUCCGACUGCCUCUUCAUCUCCCGGCACCACGACAGUAAUAAUCAGCGAAGACCCGACCGUUUCAGACCCGGCUGAGCCAGCUCCGGAGACGACUACUGCGGUAGUCAACGACGACCCGACCGCGUCUUUCUCAUCUGCCGAGACAACUACUGUAGUGUUCAUUGAGGACCCGACCGCAUCUCCAUCUCCCGGCACCACCAUGGUGAUUGUCACCAAAGAGCCAACCGUGCCAGGCCCGGCUCCGGAGACGACCACCGCGACAGUCAACGACGACCCGGCCGCGCCAUUCCCCUCCCGCACGUCAACCACCACCGUAGUACUCAACGAGAACCCGCCGACGACGCCGCCCCCCUCCGCCUCCACAACCAUCGUGGUGCUCAACACGGAGCCGACCCCGGUCUCCACCGACUCCGACGAGUGGACCGAGCCCGGCAACCCGUGGACGACGCGCAGCACAACGCUGCCGGUGCUCCACCCCUACAUCCACUACGACUUCGGCAUCGGCACAGCGUGGCCCCGCGGCACCACCAAGCCCGAGUGCACGCGCUGGACACGCGUGGGCGACACGCACAACCGCUGGACGCAGGACGUCUACACAUCCACCAUCACCACGACGCUGCUCCACAAGUGCGGCGCCUGCGCCAUCGUCUGGACCACGCCGCACAAGGGCUACGCCUGGGCCAAGGUAUACGACUCCUCGACGGCCGACUACCCCUUCACCGUGACCGAGGUGGCCUGCCGCGCCCCCAGCCCCGACGACGCCGGCUACGUGCCGCCGCCGCACACGCCCACCGACCCCUGGAGCACCCUGACCAAGACGCAGGAGUUCAUGUCCACCAUCUACGUCACCUACCCGGACCGCGGGCCGUCCACCAUCACCCCGCCCGGCGUCACCUCGCCCGCCUGCACCAGCUCCACCCUCGUCUACGGCGGCGGCGCCCUCCGCGCCAACAAGCAGCUCAAGUGGAAGUUUUCCACCGAGCGCACCGUCACCAAGGACUGCGGCACCUGCGCCCUCGCCUGGUCCACCAGGUACUACUGGCAGAACGUCAAGGGCGACUUUUACCACUACUACACCGUCACCGACGAGGCCUUUGUCGCCACCACGCUCGAGUGCGGCAGGGCCGUGCCCACCGAGGCCCUUGGCCCCGGGCCGCGGACGGCCACCGCUGCGGUAACCUCAACCCUAACCCUGGCUCUGACCCUCUCUUGA